AUGUCCUACGACCAGCCACAACAGUUCGACCUCCCGUUGUCCCCAGAGAGAGACGAGACUGGAGGCGACGACCUCCCCACCUACGAUGAUCUCGCGACCCAACAUGGCCCAAAUUCCAGAUUCGGUCGAUGGAGACAGUGGAUAGAGAAAAGAGCUGCCGAACGAUAUGCGGAUGUGACUCCCGAUGAAUUAGAAAGACGACGGGCUCGUGGAUGGGGUAUUCAGGCGGGCGAUGCAGAGCCAGAUUCAAAGUAUUCCUCUGAAGCGUCGUCACAAACGCGAACUUUCCAACCAGAACAGCUCCAUGUGCAAACCCACCUUUCUGCAUCUCAGAUACCUGCAUCUCCUGCACUACCAUCAGAGCCCUCGCCACCCGCAGCACUUAUACCAGAAGUCAUCUCCCCGUCGCGUCUCCAGCUAUGCCAAUUUGGAUCUCGUUUCCUUCCUCAUACGACCUCGCCGAUACGGUGCCUGCUGCCGAUACUCAACGACCAAUUCUUACUCAUUGGACACGACAAUGGUCUUUCCGUUCUUGAUAUGUUUCCCAGGGAGUGGACCGACCAGGGAAUCAUGGAAAAGGGUCCUGCCGACGCGGAGAUAAGACACAUCUGGGAAGGCGAAGCAGUGUACCAGAUGUCCAUUCUCGAGAACGAAAGCACCGGCCAGGGCACACCGCAAGGUGUCGUCCUCGCACUGGUAGGCCCUGACUUUGAUCCGACAAAAGAGCAGGAGGGCAUCCGGACGCUGCGGAUGUACAACCUCGCCAGCCUCGUCAGCUUGGCAAAGUGGGCGGUUACAAGAAAGAUACAACAACCGCUGAAUCUUCGCCGUUUGCAUGGCUCAAACAGACUUGGCCACACCAAGCGGCAGAACCGCCAGCAGCCUAGCUUGACAAGGGGGCUCAGGAAUCUCGUUAUAGAUUCGCCUAUUGUGCAACCGCAGUCAUCAUCGGAUGCGUCCACAGAACCACAGGCAUCUUAUUCAGAUGUGGCCGACUCGCCCAUGUACUCGAAGCGCCUUCCACCACGGCCGUCUGAACGUUCGGACUCGAUCGACUCACAGCGCUCUUGGGAGUUUGUGGAUGACAUGCCGUUGCUCUGGGCUGCCCACUAUACGCCUCUCGCUUCCGCCGGAUCGCGGCUGCUCAAUACGUCCGUACUCUUCUACGACCUGUGGCGAAACGAAAAUCAACGCAGUCGGGGAGGUGCACUUCUGGCGGUAGCAACAAAGUCUAAUAUUUUUUUGUACGAGGCCCCGAAGGGUGAGCGGGCGUUCCGACUCAUUAAGGAAUUCUAUACCCCUCUGACCGCCCGCAGCAUUACUUUUGUUCAACAGUCUGUUAUGGAUACCAUUUCUCGGAGUUCGUCUGACAGCUUGCCCCGUGCGGGCGGUCACUCCCAGCGACAUUCGCGCGUCGUCUCGCUAGGUAUAACUGGCACCCGCUAUCCCAACCAGCUCAGUCUAUUUGUCAUAUUCGAGAAAAAGGCGGGCAUCAUUCGCAUCGCGGACUCUGCAGUCGGGGAGGUUGACCUGUACGAAGAGAGCGGUGGACUGCAACAGUUCCUCUCAGCAGCCAACACGAAUCCGUCCACGUCGCGAAAGUCACGAGCUUCGUGGGACGGUGGUCGUGCAUUCACUAAAGAGCACCGGGGCUCUUGGGUACCACCAGCCAAGUUCACCAUUCCCGAUACCGCAAAUGAUUCGCUAUCCAAGAGCAUGUACGUUCUCACACGAGGUAAACAAUCGCAUAUCGUCCCGCACCCCCUGCCUCCAUGUAUCUCAGUGCUGCCUCCCUACCGCAUUUUGGUAUGGUCGUCGCCGCCCACGCGCGUCAACUGCAGAGUCUGCAUGCCAUCACGCGGACCGCCACCCUUCUUGCAGAUUGUAGCGUUUGGCGAAGAGGGCCUCGAAGUAAUCGAAAUUCCCCUUCAAUCGCUCUCGGAACCAGAGCGGAAGGGCAAGAGACGCGAAGACGAUCCCGUCUGGCGUGCAAUCUCGGUGAUCGGUGGCGACACAGGCUUCCUAUGUGCGGGCGGGCACUGGAGUCGGCCAUUUCACCAACUACUCGCUCGGUCCUCGUCUGCGACAAGUACUGACUCAGUCGAUUCCAGCACGAGCUGGUCAUCCCAUGCGCUUGCGGAGAAAAUGCGUGUGCACGAGGGCAUCUACGGCUGGGUGUGGAAGGGCCUAGAGGACUGGCGAGUGUUCUGGGUCGGAGGUACAGGUGCUGAACCUAAGGAUGAAGACAACGAAAGUAAUGUAUGA